CACUACACCCUGAAGGUAUGCACUACUCUGGAAAAAUUAUGGAGACAAAACCUUUCCGGCGAAACGGCGAGAGACCCUCUCGGCCAAAUUCUUCAGAAAAUCGACCACAAUUUUACAAGAUCAUCUUAGCCCAUGAACUGACCAGACUAAGGUUUCCCUUGAAGUUCGCUAGAAGGCAUGGAAGGAAUCUGCCCAAGGUGGCCCGUCUUGAGGUUCCAACUGGACAAGUGUCCAAGAUUCAGGUGGUUCAUGAUUCCCAAGGUCGAAUUUGGUUAGCCAAAGGCUGGGAGGAAUUCACCAAGAACUACUCCAUUCGAGAAGACUACUUUCUGGUGUUCAGAUAUGAUGGGGAAUCCCACUUUCAUGUUCUCAUAUUUGACAAUAAUACUGCUUCAGAAAUUGAAUACCCACAGAUUAUUGUUUCCCAUGGUGGCGUUGAGAGCCUGGAGGAUUUAUCCCAGAAAUGUGGCCCAAACAAGAGAAAGAGGCAAGAAGAUCAGACUGGGAGUUUCUGCAACAGAUUCAACCAUGUGAGAGUGAAGGUUGAGAACUCAGCAGAUGAUGAUGAGGGCUCUCCUCCUCUGAUGACUCCUAAAAUCAGUAGUGGUGAGAAGCAGAGGUUGGUUAAGACGAAGACAGAAAUGGGUUCAGCCUAUGAAAGGGCAAAAGCUUUCAAGUCUAAAAACCCUUUCCACAUUUCUGUCAUGUAUCCAUCUUAUGUUUCCUCUGGAUAUAGCAUAUUGACUAUUCCCUUGGCAUUUGCUAAGGAACACUUUCUUGGUCAGUCGUCUAAUAAUGAUUUGGUGCUGGUUUCGGGUGGGAGAUCAUGGCCUGCAAAAUGCACUCGGAGUGGAAACAAUGCCAGAAUUUUUGGAUGGAAGGCAUUCGUCGUGGACAACAAAUUAAAAGUAGGCGACGUUUGCAUCCUAGAGAUCAUGAAAAGCAAGAAAUUGAGUGUGAACAUCAUUGUAUUCCCUGCAGAUGAGAUAGAUGAGACAUUUCAGUUCAGGCAUCACUACGACGAUCUCAAGCGAAAAUUCGAUGACCAACGGCCGGUCAAGCCAUCGACGGCGGAAGGUGACCAACUAGUCGCCUUCUCCAUAGAAGACGACCAAAACUGUCUGCACUCGCCUGGAAAAAUUAUGGCGCCAAAACCCUUCCGGCGAAACGGCGGAGGACUAUCCCGGCGAUGUUCUUCAGAAAUUGGACCACAAAUUUUCAACUUCAUUAUCUUUUCCCAUGAACCCACCAGACUAAGGCUUCCCUUGAAGUUCGCUAGAAGGCAUGGAAGGAAUCUGCCCAAGGUGGCCUGUCUUGAGGUUCCAACUGGACAAGUGUCGAAGAUUCAGGUGGUUCAUGAUUCUCAAGGUCGAAUUUGGUUAGACAAAGGAUGGGAGGAGUUCACCAAGAACUACUCCAUUCGUGAUGGCCACUUUCUGGUGUUCAGAUAUGAUGGGGAAUCCCACUUUCAUGUUCUCAUAUUUGACAAGACUGCUUCAGAAAUUGAAUACCCAGAGAUUGUUUCCCAUGGUGGCGUUGAGAGCCUGGAGGAUUUAUCCCAGAAAUGUGGCCCAAACAAGAGAAAGAGGCAAGAAGAUCAGACUGGGAGUUUCUGCAACAGAUUCAACCAUGUGAGAGUGCAGGUUGAGAACUCAGCAGAUGAUGAUGAGGGCUCUCCUCCUCUGAUGACUCCUAAAAUCAGUACUGGUGAGAAGAAGAGCUUGGUUAAGACGACAGAAAUGGGCUCAGCCUAUGAAAGGGCAAAAGCUUUCAAGUCUAAAAACCCUUUCCACAUUUCUGUCAUGUAUCCAUAUUAUGUUUCCUCUAAAGGUAGCAGAUUGAAUAUUCCCUUGGCAUUUGCUAAGAAACACUUUCUUGGUCAGUCGUCUAAUAAUGAUUUGGUGCUGGUUUCGGGUGGGAGAUCAUGGCCUGCAAAAUGCGCUCGGAGUGUAAACAAUGCCAGAAUUUUUGGAUGGAAGGCAUUCGUGGUGGACAACAAAUUAAAAGUAGGCGACGUUUGCAUCUUAGAGAUCAUGAAAAGCAAGAAAUUGACUGUGAACAUCAUUGUAUUCCCUGCAGAUGCGAUAGAUGAUUAAGGAUGCACAAUUUGGUUAUUAGUGAUUGCCUCCUGCAGGUUGUGUUCUUAAGUGUGACUUGUGUUUUCUGUUUUUGUGUAUGAUAUGUAUGUGAAGUAGUUGGAUAUGAUAAGCUGUAGACUGUAGUGUUGCUGCCUGCUUAGCUUAUUCUGGUUUUUGGUUCUUGUUGGCUUUCA